AUGAAGCCCCGGCUGCUCGCCGUCCUCAUCCUCGCUGUCGCCGCCCCGCCGUUCCACGGCCUGGAGCGGGACGUGGCCGAGCUGGAUUCCUGGCUGCAGGAUGACUGCGCCGCCGCCGGCGCCAACAUGGCAAGGUUAAACGCGCUCGAGCGAAUGCUGGCCAAAGCCAACUUUGAGCAGGAGAGCCUCACCUUCAGCUUCUCCACCAUCCAGACCCACGUGUUCAAGCUCAGGGCCCAGGGCUUCAGAGGCCUAAAUCUCACCAGCAAGCCGGUCAGUACCCGCAGGCCUCAGAGAGGUUUCAAGGUGUGGGAGCCAUUUGUGCUGGCGCCAUCACAGAUGGAAGAGCAAAAAAGCAUCCCAUGGCAUGCCAUGCGCUUCCCAGCGGAGCUGAUGAAGGGUGUCCAGGGAAAAGAGGUCCAGCAGAAACUUGUCUGCAUUUACAUCCACAGCCCUUGCAUCUUCCAGGAUGCACACAACAGCUCUGUGCUGAAUGACAACAUCUUGGGAGCCUUUCUCCAAAACGUCCGCGUCACCAACCUCAGCCAGCCCGUGGAGAUCCAGUUCCGGCACAACAAAGUGCUGAACACCUCCAACGCAACCUGUGUCUUCUGGCUGCCUGGAGCUGGCAGUGACGACUUGGGAAGCUGGAGCUCAGAGGGCUGCGAGACCAGGCACAGCCAGGGCACCGUUCUGUGCCGGUGCAACCACCUCACCUACUUCGCCGUGUUGCUGAUCACGCCGGGUAACAUCAGCCAGGCCGAGUUGGUGUCUCUCACCUACAUCAGCAUCGUGGGCUGCUCCGUCUCGGCUGCUGCUUCGCUUUUCACCAUUCUUCACUACUGCAUUUUCAGGAGGAAGAAGAGUGAUGACACGACCAAAAUCCAUAUGAACCUCCUGGGUGCGCUCUUUCUCCUGAACAUUGGGUUCUUGCUCAGCGAGCCGCUGGCCUUGGCCCCGAUGGGGCUGUGCCAGGCUGAAGCUGCCUUCCUGCAUGGGUGCCUCCUCUGCACCUUGGCCUGGGUGGCUGCUGAGGCCUUCCAUCUCUACCUCCUCCUCAUCAAGGUCUACAACGUCUACGUCCGGCGCUACCUCCUCAAGCUCUGCUUAUUUGGUUGGGGUCUGCCAGUGUUGGCAGUAGUUAGCAUUUUGCUCUUCAAGAAAGACACCUAUGGAUACCUUGAUAUCAAAACUGCUGAUGGCUACAAAAAUGCUACAAUGUGCUGGAUCACCAGCCGCGCAGCUUACUACUGCACCCUGUGCUACGCUGGCCUCAUCCUGCUCUUCAACACCCUGGUGCUGCUCACCGUCGUGAGGAUGCUGAGGAGCAGCCGGCGCCACAAGGGGACGGCAAGGAAGGACUGGGCAACGGUGCUGGGGCUCACUUUCCUGCUGGGCACCACCUGGGGCCUGGCCUUCUUCAGCUUUGGUGUCCUCUACGUCCCCCAGCUCUACCUCUUCACCAUCCUCAACUCUCUGCAGGGUCUCUUUAUCUGCGUGUGGUACCACAUUGUGCACCGCCGGACGGACCGUGGCUCUGUCAGCACCUCCUCCAACACCACCAAAUGAGCUGGCCUGGCCAGCAGGACCAGAGGCUGGCAGGAGACUUUGUGGGGACACCACGCCAGAGCCCCUCCAUCGCUAUGAACUGCACAGGGAGCAGGUCUCCUGGAGACAUGUGCUCCCUAGUGCUUUUUCAGAGCUGCCCGGACACAUAAACUGACUCUGUGGAGGAGGAUUUGCCCUCUGUGCCUCCUCCACAGCCUGU